CGGUCGUGACGAGUGGGGUGGAGCUUCCCAGGGCACCGCGUGCAGGAAGUCUGAGUGGCUUGACUUGUGGUUCUGGAAGAAGCAUGGCGGCUCCCGGAGCAAAGAGGAAAGCGCAGAGGCAACAGCGCGGGGCUUCUGCUUCGGGCGCUGGGUGGAAGAAGCGGAAGCUUCCUGCUGCAGAGGAGAAAGCUUGGCAGAAAGCUGGCUCGAAGCUCAAUGAAGAGAUCUCCAGUGAUUCUGAACCAGAUAGCCCAGCAAAAAAAAAGAACAAUGAAGCGGAAGAGGAGAUUGAUGAGACACCACAGGAAAAGAAACUGAGGUUGGCAAAAUUAUACCUGGAGCAGCUUCGACAGCAAGAAGAGGAAAAGGCUGAAGAAGAGGCCUUUGAAAAGGACCUGGUCGCUGGCCGGCUAAAGGAAGACGUGCUUGAACAGAAAGGAAAAUUGCAGCGACAGAUUGCUAAAAAUUUGCAGCCUCCAGAAGCAUCUGACAUCCGAAUACUACGAGGUCAUCAACUGCCCAUCACCUGUCUAGUCAUCUCGCCAGAUGAUACAUGUAUUUUUUCUGCAGCCAAAGACUGCUCCGUCAUCAAAUGGGAUGUGGAGAGUGGGAAGAAGCUGCAUGUGAUUCAUGGAGGAAAAAAGGGGGCAGAAAACAGUCAUGUUUGCCACACAGCACACAUUCUGUGCAUGGCCAUAUCAUCAGAUGGCAAAUACCUGGCAACGGGAGAUAGAAAUAAGCUCAUUAUGAUCUGGGAAGCUGCCACAUGCAAUCACCUCUACAAAUUCACAGGCCACCGGGAUGCUGUGUCGGCAUUGUCUUUCCGGAAGGGCACGCACCAGCUGUACAGUGCUUCACAUGACCGUUCAGUCAAAGUGUGGAAUGUAGCAGAGAAUGCCUAUGUGGAAACCCUGUUCGGGCAUCAGGAUGUAAUCACAGGACUGGACAGCCUGAGCCGGGAAUGUUGUGUCACGUCAGGAGGGAGGGAUGGCACAGUCAGGGUUUGGAAAAUCCCUGAGGAAUCACAGCUUGUGUUUUAUGGGCAUCAGGGAUCUAUUGAUUGUAUUCAGCUGAUCAAUGAGGAGCAUAUGGUGUCUGGUGCAGACGAUGGGUCAGUAGCCCUGUGGGGCCUUUCAAAAAAGAAACCUCUGUUCGUGGUCAGAAAAGCCCAUGGUCUCCAGGGCACCCAGGGCCUAGAACAGCCAUAUUGGAUUUCUUCUGUUGCUGCCUUGCUGAACAGUGAUCUCGUCGCCACAGGUUCCAAUAAUUCCAGUGUGAAGUUAUGGAAGUGCGGAGAAGGAUUCCGCAAGUUGGAGCCACUCUUUGAAAUUCCCUUGGUUGGCUUUGUCAAUAGCUUGAAAUUCUCAAAUUCCGGAAACUUCCUUGUGGCAGGAAUUGGACAAGAACACAGAUUGGGCCGUUGGUGGAGGAUCAAAGAAGCCAAGAAUAGCAUCUGUAUUGUCCCACUUAAGAAGACCACAGCAGACAACACACAGACACCCAGUGAAGACUCCUAAUGUUAGAUGUCUCUGCAAAUACUUUUUGUAAAAGACCCGUGUGGAUGAAAUCUGUAUAUUAAAACGACCAUUAUUAUUUGUAAA